UGGAAACCCGUCUUGGAGAGAGUGAAAAUCUUUGCAUCGCUCAUCGAAGACAUAGGAGACCUCCAUCCUUACGCCAAGAUAGCAUCCAAGGUCCUCCUUUCGGUCGUGAAGGUAGGCUACAAACGUGACAACGCCAUGGCCGAUCUUCUCGAGGCGAUGAACGAGCUCUAUGGACUCGUGAACAAGACCGGCCGCCUGUCCGACCUGGACGAAUAUCGCCGGAGACUGCUGAGAGAUAUGUCCUCGAAAACAGAGGAAUGCGCCAAGUUCAUCCAGGAUGAGGCUCGGUUUACGAACUUCUGGAUGCGAACAGGAAGCAAUGUGUUAUCGGGCUCACGCAUAGACGAGAAAGUGCGGGACUUCACCGAGGCUUUCGUAGACCUACGCCGGUCUUUCACCGAAGCAGGAGUGCUCGAGACUGAGAUCCGGGUGGCGAACCUUGCAGAUUCUAUCGCCUUAUAUCUAUCCUCUUUCUCACCGACGGUUUCAGGCAAAAUCGACAAUCUGACCCAUGUCCGGGGCGCAGGACUGGAUUCAGGCAGAGCUUGUCUCGAGGGCACGCGCGUGAAGACGUUGGGCGCGCUCCGGGAUUGGAUCAACAACUCAAAGGCCGAUGCCCCCCGCGUGCUCUUCCUCCUCGGCGGCGCUGGGACCGGCAAGUCUUCCAUCGCCCAUUCCAUUGGCGUGCACUCGCGGGAUCGUCGUCGCCUAGGCGCCUGCUUCACCUUCAAUCGUACAUUCCAGGCGGAGCGCCCGCCAAAAUAUGUAUUCAGCACGAUUGCGCACGAUCUGGCGAACUGGGACCCCGCCUUCCGUCAUGCGCUCGCGAAUGUCCUCCAUGAUCAGGGUGACCUCGUAGGGUCAGUCGACAUUGCGAAACAGUGGGAGGGGCUUAUUCUUGAGCCACUCAAGAGGGUGGACUUCGUUGGGCCGGUGGUUGUCGUCGUCGACGCGUUCGAUGAGAGUAGCUCUGCUGAUGCGCCCGAGCGCCGUCUGCUGCUGAAGCUUCUCGCGGAGGGUUCCAGGAAGCUUCCUUCCAACUUCCGUAUCCUUAUCACAUCCCGUCUCGAGCACGAUGUCGCGUUCCGUGCGCAUCUGCAUGAUGGUGACCACCAGCACGUCAGCCAUAUCAGCCUCGACGACAACAAGGAAGAGGCAACGUCGGACAUUGCGCUCUAUGUCCGUCACCAGCUCGCUCCUGAUAGGUCACUUGCCGAUGAAGCGCUCCACGACGGGGACUACCGCCUGCUGGUUACGAAGGCGGAGGGCUUGUUCCAGUGGGCUGCAACGGCCUGCAGGGUUCUGCUACAAAACCCCGCAGGUCUGACUUUGCGGGAGCGACUCAACCUGCGUCUGGGCGGUGUAUUGGGAGGGGGUCCCUUCUCCCUCGACGACCUGUACCGAAGCAUCCUGGAGCAACAUUUCGACCUGGACGAGCCGGUGCUGGCGGAGCGUUUCCGUUCUGUGAUGGCACAGAUCCUUUGCGCUUCCUCUCCACUGUCAAUUGAUUCGCUGGAUGAAAUGCGUCGUCUUGCGACGGGCGGGAAGAGAGACGAGAUUACUCUUGUGGUGCAGUAUAUGGGCCCGCUUCUCUCCGGGGUAUCCUCCCGGACGUCUCCUAUCCGUCCGCUUCAUACAUCGUUCCGCGACUUCCUGACUGAUGCGACUAGAAGCGGGGAGUGGUUCGUCGACUUAGCACCAGGGCAUUCCACCAUGGUGCUUGGUUGCUUCCGCGUCAUGAACAAUCGACUGUUGUUCAACAUCUGCCGCUUGGAAACGUCCUACGUCUCGAACCGUGACAUUCCUGACUUAGAAGCUCGCCUUUCUAUGCAUGUCCCUCAAAGUCUCUCGUACGCGGCAGGCAACUGGAAGGAUCAUCUCGCUACCACUCAUCCCCCCGACCUGCAACAAGAACUAGGCAGGUUUUUGCAAGAGAAGCUGCUGUUCUGGUUCGAGUUACUCAGCCUCCUCAAGUGUGUCAAUCGUGCUGCUCCUUCGUUGGAAGCAGUGCUGAAGGGAUACAAUGGCUCCGGAAGCGCAUCAUCAAAGGAACUGUUGAUCGACGCGAUUUCCUUCAGCCGCCGGUUCGCCGGUGUCAUCGCCUACGCCGCUCCUCAUGUAUACAUCUCAGCCCUGCCUUUCUCCCCGGCGUCGUCCAGGGUCCGGACCAAUUAUCUCCCAUGUUUCCCCUUUCUUCCGGUCGUCAAUAGCGUUCAUGAUCGUUGGCCGCAUGCUCAUACCGUCCUCUCAAGGCACACAGACUCUGUUUCUUCCGUGGCAUACUCCCCUGACGGUCGGCGCAUUGUGUCAGGAUCGCAUGACACGAUGGUGCGAAUAUGGGAUGCGGAGACGGGCGAAGCAAUCCUUGAGCAGUCUUGUGGCUCCUCGGUUCGUAGGCUUGCUCUGUCACCAGAUGGCCGUCACAUCGCUACAGCGCUCCAUGAUUCGACGGUGCGAAUCUGGGAUUCUACGACAGGGGAGGCUGUUUGUGCACCUCUACGGAGCCAUGAGGGCUCAGUAGAGUGUAUCGCAUACUCCCCGGAUGGACAUUGCAUUGUAUCUGGAGAUUGCAACGGUCGUGUUUGCAUCUGGUCCACAGAAACGUUCGGGAUGGUUCACAAGCUCGCCCCUCACGGCCAUGCAACGUUCGUUCGCUGUGUCGCCUUCUCUCCAACUGGUCGAUACAUCGCAUUUAGUUACUACGGUGUCACAGUGGGGUUGUGGGACACCACAACACAAUGCAUGGUGGGAAAACGACGAAUGGUGGAUGACCGCAUCGGAGGCCAUAACCAUGUGAUCACAUCUGUCUUUUUCAUGCCGGACGGUCUACGGAUUGUCUUCGGAUCAUACGACUCUAAAAUCCAGAUUUGGGAUUUCAAAACCAGACAGAUGCUGAAAAUGAUCACUCACCACCUCCUGGAUCACAUAUCGGCUCUCUCGCUCUCCCCCGACGGCAGGCGCAUUGUCUCUGGAUGUGAGGAUGGUAGUGUCCUCCUAUGGGAUUCGGAGACGUAUGAGAAUGUUGGGGGGCCAUUCGUUGUUGGGCACACCGAUAUCGUCACCACUUUGAGCUUUUCGCCAGACGGUCGCCAUGUGGUGUCCGGCUCAGAUGAUACGACGAUACGGAUAUGGUCUGCAGCGGAGAGCGGGAGCACGGAUCGCCCUGAGGAUGUCUUUCCCGAUUCAUCACAUUCCUCCCUCACGAGCUCCUUGACCUCGGUUGCGUACUCGUCCGACCGACGCCGGAUUAUAUCGGGCUCUUCAGAUGGAACGAUGAAUGCGUGGGACGCGGACACUGGCAAAUACAUCGGUGGGCGUCUGAAGGGUCAUUCCGAGGCCAUAACUCGCAUCAGGUUCUCACCCGAUGGCAGUCGCUUUGUUUCCGCCUCGCGGGAUGAUACCAUCCGUGUAUGGGACUCAGCCACGCUCCAACCCCUUGGAGAACCUUUACAUGGCCAUAGGUGCUGGGAACAGGACUUUGAUUACUCCCCAGAUGGCCGCCGGAUUGUCUCAUGUUUGGACAACGUGGUCCGUCGCACUAUUCGCAUCUGGGAUGCCGAGACACACGAAUGUCUCGUCGAGUCUUCGGACGGGCACGAAAAAUGGGUCAGAUCCGUCGUGUGGUCACCAGAUGGCAAGCGCAUCGCAUCGGGCUCGGACGAUAUGACAGUGCGCGUGUGGGAUGCGGAGACGGGGCGUGCUGUUGGCGAGCCAUUCAGGGGCCACGAGGACUUCGUCUUGUCUCUAUCGUGGUCUAUGGACGGCCGGUAUGUGAUAUCAUCUGCUUGGGACGGUACUAUCAGAUUCUGGGAUCUGGAGAAAGGCAAGGUGUACCAUUCAAUGUAUCCUACGGACCGCCGACGGUUCGUGUCUUGGGGCGAGGACGGAAAGAUCCGGAUGUGGGACGUACAGACACGAAAGCCUGUUGGGGAGAACCUGUGCAAUCCAUUCAGAGCUAUCGACUCCCUCUCACUUUCUCGAGAUGUUAUGACGACACGCUCAACCGAAGAUCGGUCCGAGAUCUCCACUACUCGAACAUUCAAAACGCAGGAUGGGUGGAUCACAGACGUAGAUAAUAAUUUGGUCAUAUGGGUGCCAGAUGAGUAUCGGGAUUCUCUGUUAUGGCGAGGGAUGCUCUUCUUCAUUGGGCGUGAGGCACUCACCAUCGACUUCGCAAAUACUUACCACGGGACGGAGUGGGCGAAAUGUUAUCAGCCUCAGACUACCGCAUGA